UGCGGCUCGCGACGCGCGCGAGCCUUCAGGGGGAAUAGCAUGCUAGUGUUAAAGUGUUCGGGUUUAAAGUCAACGAGAAGCCGCUAAAAUACCGGGAUGGCGCUCUGACAGGAGUGAAGAUGUCCUGACACGGCAUGAAUGCCUAGAAAACGAAAAUAAAGGAAAGAAAGAAAAGAGAGAGAGAGAGAGAGAGAGAGGGGGGACCUGACAAGGUUUUCCCAUGGGACAGAGCGGCAGAUCAACAGAGUCAUGGCAGUAUUCAGAAAGAGGCCUCCCCCAGAAGAGGAAAGGAGGGUCCGAGCCAACGACAGGGAGUACAACGAGAAGUUUCAGUAUGCAAAUAAUUGCAUCAUGACCUCAAAGUACAACAUCAUUACCUUCCUGCCAGUCAACCUCUUUGAGCAGUUCCAGGAAGUUGCCAACACCUACUUCCUGUUUCUUCUCAUUCUCCAGUUGAUUCCUCAGAUCUCCUCUUUGUCCUGGUUCACUACCAUAGUGCCUUUAGUACUGGUGCUGAGCAUCACUGCUGUUAAAGAUGCCACUGAUGAUUAUUUUCGUCACAAGAGCGAUAACCAGGUGAAUAACCGCCAGUCUCAGGUGCUCAUCAAUGGCAUUCUUCAGAAGGAGAAGUGGAUGAACGUGACAGUGGGUGACAUCAUCAAACUAGAGAAUAACCAGUUUGUUGCAGCUGACCUGCUCCUGUUGUCUAGCAGUGAACCGCACGGUUUGUGUUACAUUGAGACUGCAGAACUAGAUGGGGAGACGAACAUGAAAGUGCGUCAGUCUCUCUCUGUUACCUCAGAGCUAGGAGACCCUGCCAACCUUGCUCGAUUUGAUGGAGAGGUAGUGUGUGAGCCUCCUAAUAAUAAACUGGAUCGGUUCUGUGGGACUCUGUACUGGAGGCAGUGUAAGUAUGCUCUGACUAAUCAGAACAUGCUGCUGAGGGGCUGUGUCCUCCGCAACACGGAGAGCUGCUACGGUCUUGUCAUAUUUGCAGGUCCAGACACCAAGCUGAUGCAAAACAGCGGACGCACAAAGUUCAAAAGGACGAGCAUAGACCGCCUGAUGAACACCCUGGUUCUGUGGAUUUUUGGAUUCCUGGUGUGUAUGGGGGUAAUAUUGGCCAUCGGAAAUGCUGUGUGGGAGAGAGAAGUGGGGUCUCUUUUUCAGAGCUAUCUCCCAUGGGACCCUCCUGUUGACAACUUCCUCUUCUCUGCCUUCCUCUCCUUCUGGUCCUAUGUCAUCAUUCUCAACACUGUGGUGCCAAUCUCCCUGUAUGUCAGUGUGGAAGUGAUUCGGUUGGGUCACAGUUACUUCAUUAACUGGGAUCGGCGGAUGUUCUGUAGUCAUAGUAACACAGCAGCAGAGGCUCGGAGUACAACGCUGAACGAAGAGCUGGGUCAGGUGGAGUAUAUUUUCAGCGACAAAACUGGAACCCUCACUCAGAACAUCAUGACCUUCAAUAAGUGCUCCAUCAAUGGAAAUACUUACGGCGAGGUAGUGGACAUUCCAGGAGCUCAGCAUAAAAGGACUGAGCCUCUGGAUUUCAGCACAUGGAACUCGCUGGCUGAUCAAGGGUUUCAGUUCUACGACUCCUCACUCCUGGAAGCUGUGAAGGUUGGGGAGCCAAGAGUGCAUGAGUUCUUUCGCCUGCUGUCUCUCUGUCACACAGUCAUGAGUGAGGAGAAAAAUGAAGGAGAGCUGGUGUAUAAGGCUCAGUCCCCUGACGAGGGCGCAUUGGUGACAGCAGCACGUAAUUUUGGCUUCGUGUUCCGUUCUCGUACACCUGGAACAAUCACUACGCAGGAACUGGGCAAAGCCGUCACAUACACACUCCUUGCCAUCCUGGACUUCAACAACAUCCGCAAGAGGAUGUCAGUCAUAGUAAGGACUCCUGAGGGCCAUAUUCGUCUGUACUGUAAGGGAGCAGAUACAGUGCUGUUUGAAAGACUUCACCCUUGCAACCAUGAACUGAUGAACAUAACCUCGGACCACCUCAAUGAGUAUGCAGGUGACGGGUUACGGACUCUGGUGCUGGCCUGUCGGGAUCUGUCUGAGGAGCAGUGGGAGGAGUGGGCAGAGCGUUUCCGUGGUGCUGAGAAAGCUACAGACUUCAGAGAAGAUCGUCUGGCUGAUGCUUAUGAGGAGAUUGAACAGGACAUGAUGCUUUUAGGAGCCACAGCUAUAGAGGAUAAGCUACAAGAGGGUGUCGCUGAGACCAUUGCUAUCUUGACACUGGCUAACAUUAAAAUCUGGGUGUUAACUGGAGACAAACAGGAGACAGCAGUGAAUAUUGGCUACUCAUGUAAAAUGUUGACUGACAUGACCGAGGUCUUCAUUGUGAACGGGCACACUGUCCAAAGCGUUCGUGCGGACCUUAGGAGAGCAAGGGAGCGUAUGAUGGAGUCUGCCCGCACAAGAGAUGAUGGGAAGGAAGCAGAGACUCAAGAACUAGGCAAUGGAUUUGAGAGAGAUGCAGCUAAGCAGACCCCUAAUUUGGAGAAAAGUGCCCAACCCCAGUCCCUUCCUACCUCAGUGUUGGAGUCCAUCAGUGGAGAGUUUGCACUUGUUAUCAGUGGACACAGCCUGGCUCAUGCACUGGAGUCAGACAUGGAGCAAGAAUUUUUGGACACAGCAUGUGCAUGUAAGGCAGUGAUCUGCUGCAGGGUCACUCCUCUACAGAAAGCUUUAGUGGUUGAGCUCGUCAAACGGCACAAGAAAGCGGUCACCCUCGCCAUCGGAGAUGGCGCCAAUGACGUCAGUAUGAUCAAGACGGCUCAUAUAGGUGUGGGAGUUAGCGGGCAGGAGGGCAUUCAAGCAGUGCUGGCGUCCGACUACUCCUUCUCCCAGUUCCGCUUCCUGCAGCGCCUUCUACUGGUUCAUGGCCGCUGGUCCUACCUGCGCAUGUGCCGCUUCCUCUGCUACUUCUUUUACAAGAACUUUGCCUUCACCAUGGUGCACUUCUGGUUUGGCUUCUUCUGCGGCUUCUCUGCUCAGACAGUAUAUGACCAGUACUUCAUUACUCUCUACAAUAUUGUGUAUACAUCAUUGCCUGUUUUGGCUAUGGGGAUCUUUGACCAGGACGUCCCCGAACAGCGCAGUCUGGAGUGCCCGAAAUUGUAUGAGCCAGGUCAACUAAACCUGCUCUUUAAUAAGCGUGAGUUCUUCAUUUGCAUCACUCAAGGAAUCUACACCUCUGUAGUGCUGUUCUUUGUGCCGUAUGGUGUUCUUUCACGGGCCACGCAGAACAACGGUGUUCCACUCGCUGACUAUCAGACCUUCGCUGUCACCACCGCCACAGCCCUCGUCAUCGUCGUCAGCGUCCAGAUCUCUAUGGACACAGGAUACUGGACAGCUAUUAACCAUUUCUUUGUCUGGGGUUCUCUGGGGGCUUACUUCAUUAUUCUCUUCACCAUGCACUCCAGCGUCCUGUUUAACUUCUUCCCCAAGCAGUUUCACUUCCUAGGAAGUGCACAGAACACAUUAGCACAACCAGUGGUGUGGUUGACUAUUGCUUUAGCUACCGUCAUUUGCAUUGUCCCUGUGGUCUCCUUUCGCUUCCUCAAACUAAACCUUAAACCCCAGUUGUCAGACACAGUACGAUACACUCAGCUUGUGCGUCAGAAGAAGUGGAAGCCUGGUGGACGUGCCAGGUCUAGUCCAGGUGGAAUGGGUGCCUCAGAGGGUGGAGCUCUUCGGCAUUCAUGUCAUGGUGGCUCCCGUCGCUCAGGUUAUGCAUUUGCACAUCAAGAGGGCUUCGGAGAGCUAAUCACAUCUGGCAAAAAUAUGCGCCUGAGUUCACUCACUCUUGCUACGUUUGCCUCGCGGCACAGUACCAGCUGGAUCGACACACUUCGCAAGAAAAAACAGACAGCGGCCUCCGCGGCUCAGAACAUACCGUCCAACUCUCAGGCCCUGCCCCUCUCCACAUCUUUCUCUCUGAUUGGCCCCCAGGAGACAUAUCCAGAGAGCAGAGGGCAAACAAAUGUGAACACUGUCCCCAGCAACAGUCUUAGCGAUGUCCAGUUAAGCAUGACAAAUAUUGCACAAGUGGAGAUAGAAGCUACAGUCUUGUAGUGCAGGACGACGCAUGGAGCCAGCUAUUUUUCUCCGCUUUGUUCUAUGGGGAAACAUCCACUGGCAAGUGAGCGAUGUAGAUAUACAGAGAGUGAGUGCCUCUGUACCGUAUGUCCUUGAAUGUUUCACUUCUCUUGUAUCUGAUGGAGUACAAGGACUAUGAUGCCAAGAACAUAUGUAUUUUGGUAAAGACUGACACACAGACCGAAACAAAAAACCUUUAAGUGCAGAUACAGCAGAGCACUGAACAUGGUAGACUUCACCAACACACAUACUAUUUCCUGUCUCUGUUGUUCUGUGUGUAUUUUUCACUGCACAACCUUUUAAUUCAAGCAACAACGACAAAAAAAAAAAAAAAAAGUGUUCAUUUAUAAGAGUGAACUAGAAAUGAAACGUGGGUUAACAGUCCCAGGUUCGAAUAAUUAUUACAUAACAACAACUGGAAUUGUCUUGUACGCCAUUUACUGUCGAGUUUUUUUGCAAGUCUGGUUUCAGUUCAGAAUAAUUUUGAAAUAGCUGAGUUGUCAGGGAGGGAACAUUCCUUAGAAAUGGCAUCAAGGAUUAUUUCUGCAUCGAAAUACUACAUAGCUUUACUCAGCCAUUACUAUCACGGGGGGGUUAUAUCCUUCUCCUUUAUGUCUUUGUAGCAAAGAUCUAGCAGUGAAUUUGUAAUAUGAGCAGUUAACUGAUGCAGAUGUUUAGAGUUGCAGUGUGUUCCUGUCUGAGGUAAAUGGACUUGUGUUAUACACUUCCAGUUCUGUCGGCUUGAUUUAAGAUUAGACAAUACCACUAGACAAUGCAAUGACCAGUAAAUCUUCUAUAUACUGUACAUACAGUCAUUAGUUGCACUAAAUUAUCUUAGAUAUCCAAGUUAUCAUUAUUGAUCCUCAUUUUUUUUUAAUAAUUGCAAAGGUUAUGUAUGAUAAAACAGAUAAACCUACUGUAAUAGAGAACAUCCAGUCUUGCUUAGUCCUCUUUUCUUUCAUACUUUUUUGCUAAAGUAUUCCUCAUUGGCUUUUACUGUGAUAUGUGGUUAUUUUGGCCCCUUUGGGGGCUGUAUUUGUCAGAGAACUGCCACCGACCGGAGUAUAGGUCAGGGGUCUGUAGUGUAGCAACUCACAAUACUUGAAAACAUUUUCAUGAUACACGAUAUACACUUCCUGGCUCAUUUAAUAGGAACACGUGUACACUUGCUUAUUCAUUCAAUUAUCAGCCAAUCUUGUGGCAACAGUGUAAUGCAUAAAAUUAUGCAGGUACAUGUCAGGGCUUCUGGUUCACAUUAAACACCAGAAUGGGAUGGAGGGGAUGUGAUCUCAGUGACUUUGACCAUGGCAUGGUUGUUGGUGUGAGUCUACAGUAACUCAAAUAACCGCUCUUUAUAAACAUGGUGAUAAGAAAUGUAUCUCAGGAUGCAAUACACAUACAUGUCAACCUAUACGGAAUGUCCGUAUUUUAUACGGAUUUGAUUCAAUAAACGUAGUAUACGGGCGUAUAAAUAAAGUUAUACAGAUUCUUUAAAAAAAACUUCAAUAUUUAUUUAGAGCUAUAAUCAAUUCCCACGAUGAUAAAAGAGCGCAUAACAUUUACAAACGUACUGUACACCGCAGACAGCCAGUAAAGAGUCUUAUGAAAUCGCGCGUUAUCUUGUGGUAGCGAGACUUCGUUCCACUUUUGAUCAUGUGCACACCGCAUUGCGAGAAUCCCGCCAACCGUGAAGUCAUAGACAUAUAAACAUAGACGCCGCCUUCUGCGUAGAAUCAUACGUCAUCCUCGCCGCCAUAUUGGAUGUGGCAAAGUGGAGAUUCUUCAACCGUCUCUGGUAUAGCGUCUAGACGGUAGCCGAGAAUAAAGAUGCCUCAUUCAUGUGCUGCGUUUAACUGUACCAACAGGUUUACCGUCCAAACGAGAUCACAUGGGAUUACCUUUCACAGGUGAGACUGGAAAAAUACUUUUCAUUGUAUUUGGUCAUUAUAACGUAAUUUUACGAACAGAUUUUCCUGACUUUGUGGCUAAUAUGAAGUCUCACGCAUAAUAGCCGCUCGGUGAAACCUGUCUCCAAACAACGAAGUAUUUCCUUCGUAACUACGCUGAUAACACUUUGUGUUUUUGUCAAACAUUGGAGCUUGGUAUUCAUUCUGAAGGUUUAUUGUUAUUAAUAUUGAAUAAAAAGUAACUGGGAUAUAUCAUUGUUAAUUAUCAUUCAAAUUUUAGGUAAAUUAUUUUAAUUUGCAUCUUAUACGGAUUUUAUAAGGGAAAUACGGAUUUUGAAGGUUGGUUAUACAGGUUUGAUUGACCAAAGGUUGACAUGUAUGAAUACACCUUGAGACAAAUGGGCUACAACAGCACCAACCCGGGUAAACUCUAGAGACUGUUGUGUGUAAUGUUUGAUGUGAACGUUAACUGAAGCUCUUGAACCUGUAGUGGCAUAAUCAUACGCAUUUCCUACUGCUUUAUGAUUGGCUGAUUGGAUAAUUGCAUGAAUGAGCAGGUGUACAGAUGAUGAUAAUGUGGAUGGUGAGUGAAAAGGUGGGAAAAGGAAACAUUCUGCACCAAAAUAUAUUUAACAUCUUAUUACUUAUUUGGUGUUGGUGCAAUGACGAAGAUGGUCAGUGUUAUAGAAGAUACUUGCGAUAUUUUAAAGUAGUUUAUGACCAUAAUCCACAGUAUAAUCUAUGGUAUGGAUUAUAUACUGUCAUAUGCAUAGGAACUUGUACAUGGACGACUGGGGGUUGUCUUGGUUCUGUGGACAAUGGAAUGUAUAAAGCCUAUUAUCCAGUUGCAGCUCAAGCAAAGACGAUGGCCUAAUGUGUGAAGCACUUCUUGUGUUUGUGCAUAUACUACAGUUCUCCGUGAGAACACAAUAUGAACUUAAAUGGAAUAAAACGUCUCGCUCAACUUCUCUUUUCGCAUUUAUCACACCAUAUUGGUGUCCCAAGACUGUAAGCAGGACUGCUGGAGUCAUUUACUUUAAAGCCAUAAAUCUGCUCCUUUGGAUUCUACAGGAACGAACUGGGAAAGGAAGUCACAGAAAGUUAACCAAAUGGAUCUCAGUCAAUGUCUACUGGACCAGUAACGGUCUCUAUCUCAAAGUGGCCUUAGACACGUGUGUUAACACAAGUUAUAUGCGUGGUUGAAUAUAUGGCUGUAUGUAUUGUAAGACAUAACUACGCAACAUUACCUGUUUCAUUGGGUUUGGGAUAAAUCUAAGCCUCAUACCUCCUAUGGGUAAAACAUAACAGUAUUGAUUUUCUUUGAAAAUUGAAAUGCAGUUAUGUUGAAUCCCAGUUUAAUAAUUUGUUUAUUGCAAUAAGAGACAAGCCCUUGUAUUACGAUGUGAACCAGCAUUUGCAGUUUUACGUAAUAUAUGUAACCUCAUCAUGAGGGUGUGGAAUCUGAUGUAAUGGAAAAAAUGGGCGAAUAUGAUUAAAAUAGUAUUUAAAAAUCAA